CCCCCCUCCCCCUACGACCCCAAAAAAGUAGCCUUCCUCGUCGAAACCCGACCCCUCAAGCACCUCCCCGCCCUCUACGCGCAUAUGACAUCCAUAAUCCCGCCCGAGUGGACCUUCAAAUUCAUGGGCUCGCCCUCCGCGAUCCACUCUUUACGAUCAUCCCCUCUAAUUCCACGUCUCGAAGCCUCCGGAAAACUACAAAUCCUUGACCUCCCCUCAAACUACACCCUCAAGAACCGCGAAUCGAUUUCCCAAAUGUUCACCGAUAUCAAACUCUACCGCGAUAUUCUCUCCCCGGCCGAACACCUGUUGGUCUUCCAGCCCGAUUCCAUAUUUUGCGCCAACGCUCCCACAACUUUGAAUGACUUUCUAGAAUGGGAUUGGAUUGGCGCGCCUUGGUCAAAGACUGCACAACAUGGCGGGAACGGGGGAUUGAGUUUGCGGAAGGUGUCGAAGAUUGUGAAGGUUCUGGGGAAAGAGAAGAGGAAGAUAGGUGAUGGAGCGCUGGAGGAUUUAUGGUUGAGUGACAGGUUGAACAGGCUUGAGGGGAAGAAGAUGCCGAAUGCGACGGUUAGUAAGACGUUUAGUGUAGAGAGUGUGUGGGAUGAGAAGCCGUUGGGGUAUCAUGUGGGCUGGUUGGGGGUACAUCAUGAGCAGAUCUGGGACGACCAAAAACAAGUCGACCACAUUAUGGAGUACUGCCCCGAAGUCAAGAUUAUAUUAGGCAUGAAGCUAGACAAUGACAAGCCGAAAAGCAUACCUUGA